CUGGCCUCCAAAAUGGAAGUCCACCGUGAACAGAGUAUCUGCCAGGCGCGAGCCGCUGUCAUGGUGUAUGACGAUGCCAAUAAGAAGUGGGUCCCAGCCGGCGGCUCCACGGGCUUCAGCCGAGUCCACAUCUACCACCACACCGGCAACAAUGCCUUCCGCGUGGUGGGACGCAAGAUCCAAGACCAUCAGGUGGUGAUAAACUGUGCCAUUCCCAAGGGGCUGAAGUAUAACCAGGCCACGCAGACCUUCCACCAGUGGCGUGACGCUCGGCAGGUCUACGGCCUCAACUUUGGGAGCAAGGAGGACGCCAACGUAUUCGCCAGUGCCAUGAUGCACGCCCUGGAGGUGCUCAACUCCCAGGACACAGGCCCCACACUGCCCAGACAGGGCACCCAAGUGCAGAAUGGCCCCACACCAGAGGAGCUGGACCUGCAGAGAAGGCAGCUUCAGGAGCUGCAGAGGCAGAAGGAGAUGGAGCGGGAGCGCCUUGAGAGGGAGCGUCAGGAGCGUGAGCGCCUGGAGAGGGAGCGUCAGGAACGUGAGCGCCUGGAGCGAGAGAUGCUGGAGCGUGAGCGGGAGCGUCAGGAGCGCGAGCAUCAGGAGAGGGAGGCGCAGGCGGAGAGGGAGCGCAUUGAACGGGAGCAGCAGGAGCGCGCCGAGCAAGAGCUGAUGGAAAGGGAGAAGGCGGAGAGAGAGCGUCUAGAGAGGGAGCAGCAGGAGCAGUUGGACAGAGAGCAGCAGGACUGGGAGAGAGGGAGACGCAUCUCCAAUGCCGCGUUCGAAAGCACCCUGUGCACUCCCACGCCGCCGGACUACAGCAAGACUUCCACUUCACCCCUGUCUCCAUCAACCCCCAAUUACCCGAUUCCCGGGACACCCUCACCCUCCGCAACUACGCCCCCCACCCCACCACUAAGGCACUCGGCCUCCCGAUUCGCCACCUCGCUCGGCUCCGCCUUCCACCCAGUCCUGCCUCAUUACGCCACUGUCCCAAGGAGACAGCAGGCCCCUCCUCAAACCCCGCCUCCUGCUCCAGCCCCUGCUCCAGCCCCUGCCCCGCCACCCAAAGCCGUGGUGUGGUCCACCUGCAACUUCACUCCUUUGCCCCCCUCGCCACCCGUCAUGAUAAGCAGCCCCCCUGGGAAGGCCACAGGCCCACGGCCGCUCAUCCCCAUCCCGGCGCCUUCCCCACUGACCCAGAAACCACCUUCGCCAUCCCCCAACGGCCCGCCCAUGUUCCCUGCGCCUUCCCCAAUCACCAUCCAGCACAGCCACACCCCCGUUGGCAUCACCUGCCCCACCCCGCCUCCGCCGCCUCCCCCGCCCCCGCUGCCUUCCCCCGUAGCUCCCCUUCCGUCCUCCUCCUCCGUCUCGUCUCUCCCCUCCUCAUCCCAGGCUCCUGGUGUGCCCUUUCCCUCCACAGCGCCCCCUGCUGCCGCUGCUGUCACCGCUGCCGCCACCACCUCUGCCUCCGCUGAACACCUAUCUCUCCCUGUGGGCCUGGGCCUGCCGGGGCUGGGAGAGCAGGAGACAAUCGCAGGCCCAGAGCCCCACACACCUCAGGGGGGCUUCUCUUCUCGGCCUCAGCCCCAGGGGUUGACCGCCCCCACCCCUCCCCCGCCUCCCCCGCUGCCACCCGGCUCCACUGUGACCUCCGCGGGCAACACCCCCGCCGCCACCCCCACCACCCCGGCCGGCCACCCUCCCCCACCUCCUCCACCACCUUUGCCCCCCACGCUGGCCCCCGGCGGGACCCCCCCUCCGCCCCCUGGCCCCCCUCCCCCACCUGGAGCCCCUCCCCCACCCCCUGCCCCUCCCCUCCCUGCCGGCCUGUUCUCUCCUGCGGAGGACCGUCCGCUGUCGGGCCUAGCCGCCGCCCUCGCCGGAGCCAAGCUGCGUAAAGUGCCAAGGAGUGACGAUGCAGGGGCAGCUCUAGCAGCAGCUGUGGCGGGGGCCGUAGGGGCCCCAGGGGCCAAAUCUGAGACUCGUGGCAAUGGCCCUCUUCCUGGGGGAGGAGGGCUCAUGGAGGAGAUGAGCGCACUACUGGCCAGAAGGAGAAGAAUUGCAGAGAAGGGCUCGUCACCUGAACCUGAGCAGAGAUCAGAGGAGGGCGAGAUAAACACGACUCCUAAAAUGUCAGCCUGUAGCACACCAGACAUGCCCAGAAAGCCAUGGGAAAGGACUAACACGAUGAACGGUAGCAAAUCCCCAGUUAUCGGAAGACCUAAAUCCACUCCUACACCCACCUCGUCCCUAAGUGCCAACGGUGUGCCAACAGAAACAGUCGACUAUGACAGACUGAAACAGGACAUUCUGGAUGAGAUGAGAAAGGAGCUGUCGAAGCUAAAAGAAGAGCUCAUUGAUGCAAUUAGGGAGGAGCUGGGCAAGUCCAACACGGCGUAGAAGGAUCCCAACUCCAUGUUCAUAUCUGCAUCCACGUGACCCGACAGACACCGGCGGUCAUCUUUUAGACAUGACAACACAACAGCUGAAAACAAAACAAACAAACAAACAAAAAAAACAACAAAGAGGUGGUGAUGGCGACGAUGACAAUAAUCAUAUUAAUACUGAGAGAGGACAUGAUUUGGGGCAGAGCAACAUCAGACAGUACAACAAACAAGAGGGAGGCAAUGGGAGGCUUGUAGCUUGGAUAGCUGUGACUCACGGUAUCCGUUUGGUGAAGCCCGGUAUCUGUGCCGCCCUUCACACGGAGGGCAUUGCAUCCUGGAGGGCAGCGCACGGUCUGAAAGAGAUGCGAAAGUCUUUAUGCAAAGAUGAUUUCUCUCUCUCUUUGUCCUAUAGUAACAAGAAACCAUAAAGAAACAACACAAAAAAAACAAUAUUGAACUCUACAAUGAUACUGUAUUAACCGUCGGCGCAUAAGAGAACAGUGAAAACUUCACGCUAAGAAUCCGAACUCUGAGCACAUUACUUGUGAUUUACUCUCAGAAAGCACGUUUUAUUACAGUGAGUGUGGAGUUGGGAGACAGCAAGAGGGUGGGGACGGAAAAUAAACCUUUUUUUUCCCAUAAUGCCAUAGGAGUAGCGUGCGUGUGCGUGUGGGUGUGUGUCAGUAUGUAUGGGGGAACUGACAUUCUCUGGUGAAGAAGUCCACCACUGCAGGACACUGUAAAGCUUGUCUUCCUCAAAUACUAUUUUAACCUGAAUAUGUACAAAAGAGAGAAAAAAAAAUGCUAUUUAGAAAAAAAAAGGUAUCUAUCAAUCAUGUCUGUUUCCGUGUAGAUUUAUGGCCAUAUCAAGUAGCUCAAUAAUCCAAUCUUUAAAAUAGGAUGCUCUCUUGUCUGUCUCUUCGUCUGUGAAAACAUAUUCGUAACUGUAACCCCCUCCUGGAACGAGCGCUCUGUUGAGCUGCUUUUCUCUUGUUUCUUGUUUCAUGCUGUUGCGUGGCAGGCGGAUGAGACACGGAGAGUAACUGCCUGUCACAAGGCAGCCUUUGUAGCGCUCUACCAAACCUCUUCUGUCGACAACAAGUGCUGAUCUGCUAAUAUCUACAGAAUCAUGCUAGUUGACAAUGGCCAGACGUGUAGAUAGAACUGAGUUUUACUUCUCUGUGCCGUCUUUUUGAUUGGAAAUCUUUUCCUCCCCCUCCUUCUCUCUAGGUCUCUGUCACGUUUGUCAUAUUUUUGGUACGUUUUGUGCAUGUAAAGUUGUUUUCUUUACACGGUGAAGGGUCACAAGUCUGCCACGAAAUUGAAUUAACUGUCACAAGUUUUAUUACAAGCAAUAAGUGUAGCAUCUAGUUUGAGCCCCCUGCCCUGGUCCCAGCCCCACCAAACAUUUUUCAGUGUCUUUGUUUUUCCUUUUCCUUUUUGGCCCUUUUGAGCCCCUCUUUGGACAGUGUGACAUCAUACCACCUCAAGUCAACUUUAUCGCAGAUUUUCUGUGAAACUGAAGGCUGAACAUAAAAAAAAAAAAAACACUUGUUUUCCAGAGCCACACUGUAAGACUUACUGUCAUGGAAUUGCACCAUUUCUAAUUCAUGAUAACUCUUUCUCUUUUUUUUUUGUUUUUUUUUUGUUUUUUUAAUGAAAUCCAAGCAUACUGUAUCUUUAGCCACAUUAGAGCUGAACAUUUUUUCCUUGAUUCUGGACUUUUUUUUUAUUAUUAUUAUUUAAAAGGUAAAACUGUUGAAAGGGACACAAGGGUCAGCCCAAAUACGAGAUGGUGUCCAUGUGGACGUGAAUGUGCCAUUUACUCUUUCACCAGUGCUUACUGAUGACAUGUUUGUUUCAUCUUUUCUUUGCCUUUCUCUCCUGUCACCGUCAAAUCCUUAAGAUGGCAUACUGUAUUUUUCCCUGAGAACAGUGUUUUCACACAUCCGGGAACUGUCACUUUAGUAUGAAAAUACUGUCAUUUCAACAUCUGGUUUCUUUCGGUUCGGUGCUGAGUUUGCUUCACCAGACGUUUGAAGUACAAUCAACUUGAGAAGGAUGUGCCGGGAGCUCAGAGACCAAUGAUCAAGAAACUAUUGCUUCCAAGGUCCAUGUCUUCACUUGUCCACAAAGUAACAGCGAGAUGAGCUCAUUGGGAGGAAAAGCUUCACUAUUACAGUCCAGCCCCGUGAUUGUGAUGGUUACAGCUGCCAACUGUGUUAGGCCCCUGUAUUAGCUCUGCAGUGAUGCAUUCAGUGUCCACGGCAUGAUUCUUGAGAUAACAUGAUUUCCACAAUUCAUAAUAUCAACCAUUUUAUUGAUGUGCAGCCUGGGAGGCAAUAGUUACUUGACUGAACUUUACAAAACUGUGUGCAAGCCAUUACAGCAGUCCAUUUGGCACCCUAGAGCAAAAGCACAUGGAUAAUAGAUAAACAAUGUUUGUACCUAAAUUAUGGUUGGGGGAAGUAGGGAAUCCCAGCAAAGGGUUUGUGGCUGUUUUGUAAAGGCAUUAGCACCCCUGGCUAAGCUGUCACAGGGACACCAGCUAGGUCACCUCGUCAUGGAUCUCACACAGACAUGACUUUGCUACAAAAGAUGAGAAAUCAGACUGGGAAAAAUUAUCUGCUUCCCAAGAAUUAAAAAUAACACCCUUCACAUUUACAUCCAAGCCUGACAUGGCCCGGCUGUCUGAAUUUCUCAACUAUUGCUUGGGUUUGGCUCAGGUUUGUGUUGAAUGAAAUGUAGUUGGAAAAAUACUGUGUAAAAUUAAGGGUUCAAGUCCGACUUUCGGAUCACAAGACGCUCCUUUGGAUUGAGUGUGGACAGGAUUUUUUGGCAUCUGGUGUAGGUCAGAGUCAAAUUUUCAGGUCUGAUUCACACUCCAGAUUCCCUGUUGAAAACAUUAUUUCAUCCACUCAUCCACCUCUGAUACGGAAACACCUAAGAGGCUCCCUGCAUUGACAAGUGUUUACACAGCAUCGAUUGCACUUUAAGACAAAAACCCAUAGAGCAAUCCAACAGUUGACAACAGUUGCGCAGAGCCUCUGUCGCCAAUAGUGUGGCUAUCUCACCAAAGGAUUCAACUCGGCAGUCUCCUGCUAAACAUAAUCACUCUCAACAAAGUCGCCUUUCUUAUUUUUUUAUCAUUUUGUCUAAUAAAGAGAGAUUUCUGUCUAUAUAUUCAGUCCUUUGGACAUGAUGGCAAGUGAAAUGUUAUGAUCAAGAAGAGUAUAUCAACAUGGUUACUUCUGUUUGUGAAGCUACAUGGUUUGUGCCUUGUUCUAAAGUUGCAUUUAAUAAUACGUCAAAGAUUUAAAGAUGACUAGUAAUAAUAUCUUGGGACUGUCAUUAUUAUCACAUGCAACUGUGUUUUGCUUUUUUUUUUUGUUUUGUUUUGUUUUUCAUCCUGGUCAAGUUGAUUAAAAGGAUAGUUAAUUGACUUUGUUCCCCUCCAAGAAAAUAAAAAUAAAAAUUAAAAAAAAAAAAAAAAAAAAAAAAAAAACACCUCGGCACCAAGAUUGUCUUUGGUUUCCACAUAUAUUUGGUUUUUCUCUGUACAGUGCUGAGUUUGCUUUUGCUUACAGGUCAGAGGUACAAUCAGCUUUCAAUGUGGGGCUCACGAGGGAUCAAAUGAGAUCUUGGCUCCGAGAUGUUUUUUUUUUUUUCUUUUCUUUUCUUUUCUUUUUUCUUUUCUUUUCUUCUUCUUCUUCUUCUUCUUCUUUUUUUUUUUUUUUUUAAUGAAGCCUAGCCCUGUUUUCAAGUCUGGAUAUGGUGUUCUGUUUUCCCUCUUGCCAUGUGUAUGUUACAGAGACUGUUUGUGUUCAGCAGCUUAGGUUUCUUGACAUGCUUGGAAAUCUGAAAAAAAAA